AUAACAGCUGAAAACAGCUGUAAAUGAGUACACAGUAUAACUUAAGCAAUCAUUAGUUGUACUGUGAGACGACGGCCAUGCAUCGAGUGACAGUUUGUGGAUGAGGCGCGUAAAGACUCCAAAGUGCGUUACUCGAGUGAUAUGCUGUCCCACUGAUCACCCCCCCGGGCAGGGUUGCCAGAUUUCAUUGACUUUAAACUGCCCAAUUACCCGCGGACUGCACAAAAAACCCCACCCCUAACGAUUGUUUUCUAUACAACCUCAUCUGUACAUGGACCCUUUCCAAGCCCAUUUUUGCAAUGCACACUGUCAUUUAAAAUAGCCCAAUGUGUCUGGAAACCUCCCCAUCUUGCAACACUGCCCCCUGUCCACGACUUCUCUCACCCCGUCCUAGAUUCCUGGUGCCACUAUUGUGCCCGCCCAAAGUUCCCCUAUCAAUGUUCUACAUGGACAGUUACUUACCUCCUCAUCAACAGAUAUUCAUUCAGUUCGUUCAUGCAACAUACCUGGAGAGUUACGGAUAUUUAUUAUCUUAGGUCUGUCUAAGAUAGCAUAUGCAUUAUUGUACCAUAUUAACUUGGGUUUUAUCCGUAUGGUAUAUUUCUAUCUUUGAAUACACCAAUGUUACUUUCUCCAACCCAAUCCUAUUAACGAGUGAUGAGUCACAAUAUGCAAUAUUGAGUUAGACUUCUACUCUACAAGCUGAUUAUUUUAGCAUGCAUUCACAUGCAGAUAUCAAAGCCAAAGUUUACAUGGUUCAGCAGUGUAAUUUACAGUGGGACUAGCCUUUUGGGAGCCCUAAGCAAAAUUUGAUACACCUAUGUCGCUUAUGCCUAGAGCAGGGCCCUGCCCCCUUGAGUCCAGGCAUGUUAGAGGCACCUUUGGCAGCAGUUACAACCAUGAGUCCAUUUGCAUCUAAAUCUUGACCAGCUUUGUACAUCUAGACAGUCAUUUUUGACCAUUGUUCUUUGCAAAAUAGCUCAAGCUCCGUCAAGUUGAAUGCUGGCUUUGGGUGAACAGCAAUUAACUAUUUCCUCAUGUUCUCAAUUGGACUGAGGUCUAAGCUUUGACUGGGCCAUUCCAGGACAAUUGACAAUUUUUUGCCUGUGUGUUUGGGAUCAUUGUCCUGCUAGAAGGUGAAUCUCCCAAGUCCCAGGUCUCUUGCAGACUUCAUAUGGUUUUCCUCCCGGAUUUAUUUGUAUCAAUGUUGCCCUUUAUCUUCACAAGCUUUCCAGGCUCAGAAGUGAGAGUCAUUUUAAAACGAUUUAACAUUGAAAACGUGUGUACUUCUUCUUAUGCUAUGGUGCAAUAUAUGUUAUGGUGGACCAGGGUUUAUUUUUGUUGGUUUUAUAAUGUAGUGUUACAAGCUGUUUUAUAAUAAUAUACAUAAUACGUGCGAACAUGUUUUGUAUAAUGUCAUAUUAGUGGGAGGUUGCAUAAGACCGAAGAUACACUGUGGAGUAGAAAGGGUAGCAAUAACACCUUCAACUUUCUCCCAGUUUUAGUUUAAUCAAUACGCACCGAUUACCGCUUUAUACACGAUGACGACUGUAAUAUUUUACUGGCAAACGGUUUACAAUACACGUUGCGCUGUUACUCGAUAACUCGAUCGGAUGAUUUUGUUCCAAAUGAUAAAUAUGUAUAUAACUGGUUAAUAGGGCGGAGCUAUAGCCUACCCCGAAACAUGUACUACAAAUGCUUACUGCUGAACUGUCGCUUUGUCAGUCGUAAAAAAAUAGGUUCUGGUAUUUUACUGAGAGUGAUCUCUAUCUGGUCUGUACAAUAGUUUUGCCUUGUGUAGGUCUACAUUUACGACCCAAUUUUUUUUCUUCUGUAGACUGUAAUCAGGAAACGUAAUAUUAAAGGGUAAUGUUGGUCUCCAUGGAUCGUCCACAUCGAUUAAUGCUGGUUUGAAACAGACGGCAGUUCGGGCCAUUGGACUUUGGAGAAGCCUAUCAAGUUUGCGUCCACUUAGUUCAACGUAAAAAAUGGAGCCACACGAAGGACCCGCGCACGCACACGGUGAGGGUGUUUUAGACCUGUCUCGUCUGAAUUUGAACUGUUUAACCAUGGUCAAUAUCAGCGAGGAGCGAAAGAGGGACACCAAGCAUUUGUAUCUGAGCUUCAAUCGGAUGGCAUCGCUGCCCGGAUCGGUUUGCAUGUUCUCCAACCUAGAGUUUCUGGACAUAAGCAACAACGGACUAUCGGUUAUCUGUGAAGACAUUACUCGGCUAACCAAGCUCAGAACAUUAAUAGCCAAGAACAACUGCCUUGACGAAUUCUCGCUGCCCAAGGAAUUCGGGUCUUUGCCGUUGGAAGUAUUGAAUCUAAGUGGGAAUAGAUUUGAGGAGAUGCCAGGGCAGUUCAUGAAGUUACAGCGGCUACAAUCACUGUCCCUUGGGGGAAACAGGCUCCAAAGUAUUCCUGCAGAAAUAGAUCAUUUGACAAGUCUGGAGCUGCUGUAUUUGGGUGGUAACCUGAUCACCUCCAUUCCUCCUGAGCUGGCAAACCUACCCUACCUCAGCUACCUGGUCCUGUGUGACAACCGCAUCCAGAGUGUUCCCCCACAGCUUACCAGGCUGUACUCAUUGCGCUCCCUCAGUCUUCAUAACAAUCUGCUGACAUAUCUGCCCCGGGAGAUUCUCAGCCUGGUACACCUGCAGGAGCUCAGUCUCCGCGGCAACCCCCUGGUGGUGCGAUUCGUCAAGGAGAUGACCUACGACCCCCCAUCACUGCUGGAGUUGGCCGGUCGCACAAUCAAGAGCCGGAAUGUUCCUUACUCGCCCCGCGACAUGCCGUCCCACCUACUGCAUUACCUAGAACUGGCCAGCAAAUGUCCUAACCCUAAGUGUGCUGGUGUGUACUUUGACUCAUGCGUGCGCCACAUCAAGUUUGUGGACUUCUGCGGGAAGUACCGGCUGCCCCUCAUGCACUACCUGUGUUCCCCAGAAUGCACCUCUCCCUGCAGCUCCAAUCCCCAGAGCGAUGCGGAGUCCGAGGACGAGAACAGCGUGCCCGCUCACCGCCUGCAGAGGGUGCUGCUGGGAUAGCGCGAGUUGGAAGGGCUGCCUUUUUUCCCCACAACUUCAGCCUUACAACCCCAUCCUUCUUCUCUAUGACUGGAUGGAAUUUUAAGAAUGAACUUUGACCUAUUUGGUGUCUUGUGUGCGUGAGUGUUUGCGCGCGCGUGUUUGGGUGUGAUUAAAGGCCUUUAGACACACGCGCACACAGACACAAGAAAGGUCUCCCUGGCGCAGUGGACCUUAUCAAGGAAAACGUCUUCAUGUGGGUCUGUUCCUUGGAGGCCUCUGGCUCAGUCACUCUAGCUAUUUAAAACAUGGGAACGAAUCACCAUCUUGGAGUCUUGGUGUUAGUAACACUGCAGAUCACUGAUUCCUAUAGACUUUGAGCUGUGCUGUAGACAGAUUUCACUCCAUGCUUUAUAGUUACAUCGAUGUACAGAAAAGCAUAAGAUGGCAGUGGAAACUAUACUUUGGGAAACUCAAAGAUGUUUGUGCAUUUGGGACGCUUUUUCCUGAGACUCGGGAUAUGAAAAUUGAGAUUUAGUUAAAACUGUGGCAUGUGACGCGGUACAUGUGAAAAGCUUUGUUUCUCUCUCUCUCACACACACACACACACACACACACACACACACACAGGAAGUCAAACUGGGCUGGGUUAGGAGUGUAUGGACAACACGAAGCACAAUACACACAUUUACUGGAAGGAAAAAAUGAAUAAAUCCAACAAGAUACAAUGAGAAUUUGCAUAUGUUUGUAUUUCCUGGCCCUCUGUUUUCUCUUAAUGUAGAUUGUUAUAGAUGUAUGCAUAAAUGUUUUGUGUGUGGGAAUAUUUAGACAUUGUCUACUAGAAUACUACAGUCGCUGGCCUUCUCAUAGGACCUUAAUGUUUCGACCGCACUGGUCUAUUGUUACAGAACCCAUGCUUUUUUAUGACUGUGGCUUGCCGAAGGACUCAAGAAAAAGUAAUUCUACACAGAGAACAGUGACAAAACAAUGGUACGAACAGCACUUUGCAUUGUUUGUUUAAAUUUAAAAAAAAUGCUAUUCAUUAUCAUAAUUCUAAUGAUGUACAAGUUAAGCAAUUUUAUAACUACAUUUUUGUAACAUGUACUGCUUUUAUACAAAUCUGACAUUUUACUUUUGGAGACACUCAGUGUUUUCUACAAUACUAAUGCAGUGAUUUCAAUGAAGUCAACAGACUAAAUAUAAUAGUCACUUCGACAGGUUGAUUAUCUUUGCUAAAGCAUGUGCACUUCUGCCUUAUCAUAUAGAUUGUACAGUAUCAUAACCCUAAUAAAAUUUGAUUUCAAUA